AUGGAUUUUGAAGCCAUUUGCUUGUUUGGCCCAUUAGUCGAGAUCGAAACAUCCUUGGGACUGAAAAAUGGAGAUGCGGGAUCCAAAUGUGAAGAGGAAGGAGGAAAAAACGAGAAUGGGCUUUGUGUUCCGAAAGACUCUCCUUCAAGCUCAAAUGGAGUUCAUACGAGCUCAACUAAUUUGAACAGAAAAAUUCCAAUUUUGGCUCUUAUCAUGCAGGAAGAAAGACUACGAUUCUUAUCUUUUGAAAAAUCCCAAAUUUCUGGAGAUUUGAAUCUCCGCGUCAUUCACCUUUUCUGGAUCAGGACAUGCGGACUUGUGGAGAUUAGAAUCUGUUUUGGAUUCGUCUUCCUACGAAAUAUUGCAAACAGAUUUUGUUUGAUGUUCCGACUGGGUAGUGCCACUCGUUUAUCACCGUCUUGUGUCAGAUUUAUCCCACUUUUCGCCGUUAUUUUUUUACUAGUAAUUUCAUUUACUGUAUUCAAAUCCAGUGGAAUUGAAAAGUAUCAAGAGCGCACAAAUGCUCCAUAUGUGUAUAUCAAUCAUCGAGUCUACCGUCCAUUUGGAUAUGAAAUUUCAAAGCCAACACUUCCGGUACCAACACUAAAAAUGCUCAAUGAGCCUACUUGUGAAUUGGUGUUCUCCGAAUGGCUCAGAAUAUCACAAGAGCCACAAACUGAUAUUCCACAAAAAGAAAUUCCGAUUCGACAAACUGAUCAAUUUUUGUUGAAUGGUUAUGCUGCGCUGGGUUCGCUAGAGUAUGCAUUCUACCGUGACGGUGUACAACGCUUAAUGUCACUCUGCGUACAGCUGUCGUCCUCGCCUUUAUGUAUGCAAUCGGGCGUGCGCUUUCUCUUUGCCCGCGUGGCUCAGUCGGUAGCGGCGCCGCACCCUCAAUCAUCGCCUUCACAAGUUCAACUCCUCGAUGGGGCAUCUUUGAACGGAAUUUCGAGAACAUUAUUUUUUUUCAUGUCCCCCCACCUUUAA